CCGUCCACACACAGCGAGACUCCGCAGCUCGUGAUUAAGUUCAUCCGAGUAAGCGCAGUAGUUUAGGUGCUAAAACAAUAAACAGAAAGCGACCAUUGUGAUCAGUUCCUCCACACAGCCUGCAGACAUUCCGAAGUAACGUUAGUGUUUCACAAAGCGUUAGUUGAAGGGGCGUGUCCACUGAACGUGUUGUUUUGGGAUCGAGCCCCGUGUGUUGAGCUCAGCGUGGAUCCUGGUCAGCUGUCUUUGGGUUCUCUCUUCUGUUCUCUUCUUCGUGCUGGUUCCGCUGUGUUGUGUAUUAUUCAUGAAUGCCGUUUGGAGGCGGAGACUCUGAAGAUCCAUGCCUCCUCCAGUGUCAGCCUGAAAAAUGAUCGAGAUGUCAUUUGACAAAGAAACUGUGUUAUCUUGUGAGGGGCAAACAGACCUCACUUCCCAACAGCACUCAGAACUUACUGGAAAUGAUACCGGCGCGCUCCAACCGUCCGGGAAGACCACAGUUAUUAACCUCAGCGAAGAGGCAGGGAGUGAGACGUCUCUGGAAGAGCGAGAGAUAACGGCUAGCACGGAGAACACUGCUGUAAGUGAGAGUGGGGUUGCUGGGGUCGAAGCGUCUACACAAAACGGCACCCAGCAGCCCAAACCUCAACAGCAGAAAGUCAGUAAGCGGCGCAGCACGAUGAGCGCUGGAUUCAAACACCCCAGUUAUGGUAAACGCCGCCGCCGUGCCAACUCUGAGAGCGAGUCGGUCCUGCCAACCAACUUCCUGCUGGGCGGGAACAUCUUUGACCCUCUCAACCUUAACAGCCUUUUGGAUGAAGAAGUGAACCGGGCUCUCAACGCAGAGACGCCCAAGUCCUCGCCGUUACCGGCCAGAAGCAGAGACCCCGUAGAGAUCCUGAUACCCAGAGACAUCACAGACCCGCUCAAUCUCAACUGCCCCAGUGCACGGGACGGCAGUCUGUUGGUGUCCCCCCUGAAAAGUGGCGGAGGCAGGCGAAGACAUCGGAACAAGCACCAUGGAGCGAGCGCUGGGAAAGCCUCGGGUGAAGGAAUAGUCGCUCCGAUCGAUUUCCCAGAGUCUGAUGGCUGUGCAGGAGGACGAGACGAGGGAACAACAGCGCUCUCCGUAACGCCUCCGCACUCGCAUGUCCCUGAGGACCAAACCCAGUCGGACUCGACUCGACUCGAGGCUCAGGGUGCAAGUAAGCCCAGUUUAACCACAAACGGUGGUGAGGCGAAGGAGAAAACCAUUGACACGUCAACCGCAGCUCCAUCAAACAGGCAGCGCAAACGCAGGCGGGCCGGAAGCAGACCGGAGAACGCAGACCGCUCCGAUGGGACGAGAAACUGGGGUGCGAGAUCUGGGGGGCAUUUCCCAGAGACGUCCCAACCGCAUCCAAACCACUGGAGGUCGCAGAGCAACAGCAACCAGCACCAACAACAGAACAAAAAGAAGUUUCAAUACGGCAACUAUAACAAAUACUAUGGCUAUCGCAACCCUGGGCUGAGCGAGGAUCCUCGUGUCCGUCUAAUGAAUCCCGAGUGGUUCAGAGGGAAGGAGGUUUUAGAUCUGGGUUGCAACACUGGUCACCUGACUCUAACAAUCGCCAGAAACUGGCGACCGGCGCGGAUCGUGGGCCUGGAUAUCGACGCAGCGCUGAUACAUGCAGCUCGGCACAAUAUACGGCACUACCUCUCUGAGGUUCACACGGAGCAGGCCAGACGCUCCGGGGAAAACGGGGAGGGGAGCGAAGAAAAGAGUCAGAGGGAGGAGAAAGACGAGGAGAGGUUUGUUGUGAAAGAGGAGAAGGGUGAGAAUGAAUGCACGGUCGAAGGAGCAGUGGAAGUCGGUCGGGAGGAAAGGGAGAUUGAAAACAGCGAGGCUGAUUGUGGAGGAACGAGUGGGAAAGAUGAAGCAUCGGUUGGUCUCCCUGAUGGGAAGCAUUCGUUCCCUGUCUCGCUCCAGAUCUCUAGAGGACCCAUAGUUGGCCCGCCUCUGCCUGAGAUAAACACCGAGCGUCUCCCUCCUGGAGAUUUCCCUGCCAACGUCACCUUUGUCAAGGGGAACUAUGUGCUGGAAAAUGAUCUGUUGCUGCAGACGCAAAGAGAAGAGUAUGAUGUGGUCCUGUGUUUGAGCGUGACGAAAUGGGUCCACUUGAACUGGGGUGAUGCAGGACUCAAGCGGCUCUUCCACAGGGUGUACAAGCACCUGCGGCCGGGAGGACUCUUCAUUUUGGAGCCCCAGCCCUGGAACUCCUACGGCAAGAGGAAGAAACUCACCGAGACCAUCUUUAAGAAUUACCAUGGCAUCCGGUUGAAGCCGGACCGGUUCUCCUCGUACCUGACUGCUGAGGUGGGCUUCUCCAGUUACGAGCUCAUCGCAACAUCACAGAACCAUUCUAGAGGUUUUCAGAGACCAAUUUACCUUUUCCGCAAGGGACGCUCGCCUCAAAAGUGACGGCAACAGUUUAACGCCAACCUUGAGAAGAAAACACAAGACUUGGAUUUGAAACCACCAGCAUUUGAUGAAGCCACUGGAAGUUUAAAGAUAUUUCUUUGGAAGUAGAUUUUCAAUAUUUUGAACUCUUGAAAGUAAUCCCAUUGGAGCUGAAUUAGCAUUAAAUCGUCAAUGCUAAAUUGAAUUGGAAUGAAAUUGUUCCCCUGCCGUUGAAAAUAAAGAUAUCCAUUGCAGUUUUGCUGAAGAUUUAACAGGUGCAAAUCAGAGUCCCCCCUAACUCAAUAAAGCUGUUUUCAUCUCUCGUCUGAAGGAGCUCAGAGUUAAAUUCAAAGUGAUUUCUCCUAAGCUCCUGUUCAACACAACUUGUUUUUCACUUGGAAUGAAAUUCCCCAAAAUGCAAAUUCUCCAGCACACAGAGCUGACUUUAAAAGACCAUCUAGAAUUGAAAUGCUUGGUGUUGUGAACUUUUUUUUUUUUUUUUUUUUUUCACCGAAAGGAAGAUUAGAGCUUGUUGCCAGAUGUUCAUCUUUCUGAUUUUUGUUGUUGUUGCACUGUCGUAUGCUCAUUUCUUCAUUAUGUCUGGAACAAAGCAUUGCUAUUAAAAUAGGAAGCUUUAGACGGUUCCAGCAUCUGUCUGCCAAUCGCUCUUUUUAUUGUCCAUCGAUGAUAUUCCUGGUCUAACCGGAUCCUAAUGUUGUCCCAAGGAGUUCUGCAGCUGCAGGUUAGCUGAUUUGCUAUGUUAAAGUGUACACUGAUCCAAUGUCCCGAAUAAAAGUCGGGCUGAUACCAGAAGGAUGCCAUUUCUUUUUCGGCCACAGAGAAUGAUGUUUUUAUUGUUUUGUGUUUUGUUUUGAUUCUCCCAGUGUUAAAGUUGGACACAAACUGAGGUACUCUUUGUAUAAGUCUUUUCAAAACUGAGGUAACCUUGAUGUUGUUAGUUUUAAUGCUGUGGAAAGGUUUGCACUAAAACCAGAGAGCAGAUUUAUGUCCCGCACAUUUGUAUUUUAUCGUGCAAAUGUAAAGUUGGUGUAUCUCUGAAAAGGGUUAUUUCAGUGAAAUCGAAAAAAAUUCAAAUAAACUACAAACUAAACAUGA